CUCCCAUAUUUGCAAUUCAAACAUUAACAUAGUUUAACUUCAAGUAGCUUAUAACAGGUUCUAAGAGUAUAUCUCAGUGCAAUAAAAAAGAGUCUUAAAGUCUUAUGCUUAAACAACUUGUCGAAAUGGUGUUAGUCUUGAUCAAAUCGAAACUCUUAAUCAAACGUUUGCUGGCGUAGAAAAAAAAAAUAAACUUAAAUAUCUCGUUUUAAUUGUAUGAGUGAUUAAUUUUUAAUCAAAUAAAAAAACAAAAAAACCAAAAACAAAAAAUUGAGUUAAAAUAAACAGCCUUUACUCUUUAUUCCACAUAUCAAAAAUUGGCAACAACAGCUGAAUUCAGUUUACUUUUGUUAGCUGAGUCGAGUUAUUGUUAAACUUUUUUUGAUCAUCAUCGUUAACGACAGCAAAUAAUUAUGUCGGAAAUACCGCCAGCAGAGGGUCCUAAAAUCCCCACAGUGAUUACGGGCUAUGACACAGUGAAGCAUAACGGAGCGAAGAAUAACGCGAAUUUCGACCAAUCAAAAUUCCGUUCGGCUUCGGAUAUACCAGCACAGCAAGCGGCAGGAUCAACGUUACCGUUAGUGAUUACAGCACGGAAAAAAGGUACCGAUGAUCCGGAAGAUACUUAUAAUCCCUUCGAGAAUCGCAAGGUCGAUCAUCCUACCUCCGAUCUCGAAACCUUUAUGCACUUACUCAAGGGAUCCUUGGGCUCAGGAAUAUUGGCCAUGCCGUUGGCCUUCAUGAAUGCCGGUCUCUGGUUUGGUCUAAUUGCAACAUUUCUAGUUGGUGCCAUCUGCACCUACUGCGUUCACAUCCUGGUCAAAUGCGCACAUAUUCUUUGCCGGCGGCGGAAGAUCCCUUCCAUGGGUUUCGCCGAUGUAGCCGAACAAGCCUUCCUCGAUGGACCACCAAGCUUAGUCGUAUGGUCACGAUUCAUCCGAUUCAUUGUAAAUACGUUCCUUGUCAUCGAUCUAAUUGGAUGCUGUUGCAUCUACUUAGUUUUUGUGUCAACAAAUAUCAAACAGGUUGUGGAUCAUUAUAUGGCUGUUGAAAAUGCAAUUGACGUUCGUAUUUACAUUGCUGUUAUAACUGUGCCAUUAGUCUUCAUGUGUUUGAUUCGUAAUUUGAAAUAUCUGACACCAUUUUCGAUGUUUGCUAACGUUUUGAUUUUCGUGGGAAUAAUCAUUACAUUUACGUACAUUUUUACUGACACUCCAGCUGUUUCGGAAAGGAAAGGUGUUACAGAUUUCGUACAAUGGCCGCUUUUCUUCGGAACUGUCAUCUUUGCUUUGGAAGGUAUUGGUGUAGUUAUGUCAUUGGAAAAUGACAUGAAGAACCCAAAUCAUUUUAUCGGUUGCCCAAGUGUGCUGAAUAUUGGUAUGGCUGUUGUCAUCAGUUUGUAUACGUUGGUUGGAUUCUUUGGAUAUUUGAAGUAUGGCGAUGAGACUCAAGGAAGUAUUACACUGAAUUUACCUGUCGAAGAUAUCUUGGCCCAAUCUGUGAAAGUAAUGAUUGCUGUUGCAAUUUUCUUCACUUUCACCCUACAAUUUUACGUGCCAAUGAGUAUUAUCUGGAAGGGACUGCAGCCAAAGGUUUCAGCUGAUAAGCAAAAUUUCGUUGAGUAUUCACUUCGCGUUGUUCUUGUUGUCAUGUGUGGUGGUAUUGCUGCUGCCCUACCCAAUCUUGGACCCUUCAUCUCCUUGAUCGGUGCUGUGUGUUUGAGUACACUUGGUCUAAUAGUUCCAUCAAUUAUUGAACUUGCUGUCUACCACGAGGAACCAGGCUAUGGCAAAUAUAAUUGGAGAAUAUGGAAGAGUGCUUUCUUAAUUUGCUUUGGUGUGGUUGGUUUCCUUACGGGCACAUAUGUCAGUAUUGAAGAAUUCUAUGCAGAAUUCCAUGGUAGCCAUGUUGGUAGCCAGUAAUUAUUUUAUUUUUUUUUUUUUUAUAAUUUAACACUGUUUUGCCAGUAUACGUAUAUAAAAUUAUAUACAAAUAUAAAUAUUAUAAAUAAUGAAAAAAGAUUCUAUAGUAGAUAUUUUACUUUAAGUAA